CAACCAAAAAAACAAACCCUAAAGGUAUACGACCACAAUUUAAGCAUUAAAUCAUAUUUUUCGGACAAAAAACCUCUGCAAAACCCCUACUCAAAAGCAAGAGCAUCUACUGCUGCUUAAAGCCAACAUGGAUUUAUGACCCAAAACAAACCAAUAAAAAAAAACAACAACAACCCAUGUAUACUAAAUGUAAUAAUUAAAAAAAAAGAAACAACAACAACAAAACAUACAAACAACAAAUUGUAUACGAUUUUUCUAAAACAAAAAACAAAACAAAAAUUUUAAUUUUGAAAAUUUAAAACAUAAAUGUGCCUAAAAUAAGUCAAAAAUAAAAAAAAGAGAAGAAGAGAAAUUCAGAAAAAAGCAAAACGGAAUACAACAACUCCUGCUGCUCCUCCUGCUACACUUAUCAUUUUGCUAAAUGAAGAAAAAAGUGACUAGUGCAUAGUAACUCCAUUGAAACCAAGUUUUUUUUUUUUACAAAAAUCCCCAACCUAACCAUAACUAAAAAAAAAACAAGUGUUAAACUUUUGAGAGCCGCUAUUCCUUACAUCAUCUUCAUCAACCAUCACUACAGCCCGAGCCAGAGAUAAUCCUUAAAAGAAAUCAUCGCGAAAAAAAUUCUACAGCUCAAUUUUUAGUUGAGUGUGUAGAUUUUUUUUAAGUUUUUUACUUUUGUCUAAUUUUUAACAAAAAGUGGCACAAAUCGGGUUGGACAUCGCUCCCAGAGCAUUAAUGGCUCAACCUAGGUAUGAUGAUGGCCUGCAUGGCUAUGGUAUGGAUUCGGGUGCUGCAGCAGCUGCCAUGUAUGAUCCACAUGUUGGUCAUCGGCCGCCUGGAUUACAAGGCCUACCAUCACAUCAUUCACCACACAUGACACAUGCUGCUGCAGCAGCGGCCACAGUUGGCAUGCAUGGCUACCACACAGCCGGUGCGGCUGGUGGCCAUGGAACACCUAGUCAUGUAUCACCGGUUGCUAAUCAUUUAAUGGGUGCAAUACCCGAAGUACAUAAACGUGAUAAGGAUGCUAUAUAUGAACAUCCCCUAUUCCCGCUGUUGGCUCUAAUAUUUGAAAAAUGUGAAUUGGCCACAUGUACGCCCAGAGAACCUGGUGUGCAAGGUGGUGAUGUAUGUUCGUCAGAAUCAUUUAAUGAAGAUAUUGCAAUGUUUAGUAAACAGAUCAGAUCACAAAAACCCUACUACACAGCAGAUCCCGAAGUCGAUUCACUGAUGGUGCAAGCAAUACAAGUACUUCGGUUUCACCUUUUAGAAUUAGAAAAAGUACAUGAACUAUGCGAUAAUUUCUGUCAUCGAUAUAUCUCAUGUUUAAAGGGUAAAAUGCCAAUAGAUUUAGUAAUUGACGAACGGGACACCACCAAACCACCAGAAUUGGGUUCAGCUAAUGGUGAAGGAAGAAGUAAUGCCGAUUCAACAUCACACACCGAUGGAGCUAGUACACCAGACGUUCGGCCUCCUAGUUCAUCUUUAUCAUAUGGUGGAGCCAUGAAUGAAGAUGCUAGAUCGCCGGGCGCUGGUAGUACACCUGGUCCUUUAUCUCAACAACCACCUGUCCUAGAUACAUCAGACCCUGAUGGUAAGUUCUUAUCAUCACUAAAUCCUACAGAACUAACAUAUGAUGGUCGAUGGUGUCGAAGAGAAUGGUCAUCACCUGCCGCCGAUACUAGAAACGCCGAUGCCUCAAGACGGUUAUAUUCCUCAGUCUUCCUGGGUAGUCCCGACAAUUACGGCACAAGUGCAAGUGGCGAUGCCAGCAAUGCCAGUAUAGGUAGUGGUGAGGGCACAGGCGAAGAAGACGAUGAUGCGAAUGGCAAAAAGAACCAAAAGAAACGUGGCAUUUUCCCAAAAGUAGCAACAAAUAUCUUAAGAGCGUGGCUGUUCCAACAUUUAACGCAUCCCUACCCCUCCGAAGAUCAGAAAAAACAAUUGGCACAAGAUACCGGCCUGACGAUAUUACAAGUUAAUAAUUGGUUCAUUAAUGCGAGACGAAGAAUUGUCCAGCCAAUGAUUGAUCAAUCAAACCGUGCAGUCUAUACCCCCCAUGCUGGUCCCUCCGGUUAUGGCCAUGAUCCCAUGGGCUAUAUGAUGGACAGUCAGGCCCAUAUGAUGCACCGCCCUCCUGGUGAUCCUGGAUUCCAUCAAGCCUAUCCCCACUAUCCACAUGCUGAAUACUAUGGACAACAUUUGUAAUCAAGUUUAGCCCAAUAAAUCUCAACAUUAAAAUAUAGGACAAAACUAAAUGAAUACAACAUCAACAACAACAACAAAGGAUUAGGCAUAACCUGUUCCAUAUGAACCCAAACCUUCCUCCAAUCCAAAAUUCUAAGAAAGAAAGUGCAACAUGAGGAAAACUCUUCCCCAUAACCUAACCUCAAAGUUAUAAAAUACUUUAGCCGUUGGAAGAGUUUAUGGAAAAUAUGCACCAAAAAAAAAAAAACAAAAACAAAAA